ACCUCGAUCAUACAUCCCUCGAUCAUCUCAACAUUCCAGCCCUUCUCGGGUCAUGUUCUCAACUACUAGUCCCUCGAUUGGCAUUCAUCCAUGGCGGCAGCUACCAGAGCUCUCCUUGUUGCCGCAGUGACCGCGGCGGCGCUGUUUGGCUCGGCGCUCGGCGCCACCUACACAGUCGGCGCACCGGCCGGGUCGUGGGACCUCCGGACAAACUACACCCGAUGGACUUCCACCAUCAGGUUCUACACCGGCGACGAGCUCCGGUUCCAGUACCCCGCUGCGGCGCACAACGUGGUGGAGGUGACCAAGACUGCCUACGACAACUGCAGCAGCUCUAGUCCCGUCGCCACGUUCCCGAGCGGCAACGAUGUCAUUCCGCUCGCCGCCGUCGGGACCCGGUACUUCAUCUGCGGCCUGCCGGGGCACUGCGCCGGUGGCAUGAAGGUACAGGUCAACGUCCAGUCCAAGGUAGUGAGAUGCCGAAGGAGAGGGGUGAGGCAGCGGUGCACACAGACAACGCCACAACCGAGCUCGGCAGCUCAGGCUGGUGCUGAGCCUGUACUAGCGCUCGGGCUGGCCGCCCUCGUGGCUGGCUUGACGCUUCUCUGUAUGUUGUUGGGAUUGCAAAACGUAUUGCUCAUGUGCAAAGGCACGUAUAUAUGAUGUAUAAGAGGUGGGCUGCGACCUCAGCUAUAAAAUGAACUAGGAGGUGGGCCUAAUACACACAUAUGCACAACACAUAUACUCAA